AUGAAUCAGCUUGGUCGAGAAGUGAACCUCCACCAUCUGGCGGCAUUCCAGACGCUGGCCAUGGACCUAGAGCUCAAGAAGAAGAUCCUCAACGAUCUCGACAGGUUCGUGAGGAGGGAGUACUAUACGAGAAUUGGCAAGGCAUGGAAAAGAGGGCUCCACAGCAAUGCGGAGCUUAGGAGGCUGCUCGUCGACGCCACAAAUCAGUCCAUAUUGGUGGUCGAGGACGCUGAUUGCACCACUAAGUUGCAAGAUAGGAGUAUUUUAGAACACCCUAGGACUUCCGGAAACUGGAGAGUCAUUUGUUCAUGGAUGGGUCACAACCCUUUACUUGGGAAACUUUUGGAGCGCAUCAAUUUCUUGGGUUGUGGCACUUCUCACUUCCAUUUAUCUCGGGAUCAAUCUCAUGAGCUCUUCAACCGGAUCGAGAGUGCGAGUACAACAUCUAAGGUCACUCCAGCCGAAGUUGCGAAGCAAUUGAUGAAAUGCGACAAACUAGAGGCCACUCUCGGGGACAUGGUUUCCUUCCUCACGAAUCACAAUAGGAAAGAAAAUGAAAAAGUGAUCAAGAAGAAAGUUCGUGGUCUCAAUUGA